AAAACUGUUUGCUUUUGUACCUUGCAGGGCUAUAUCCGACAGUGUCGUAAGCACACGGGAAUGUUCACGGUUGCGCAGCUAGCCACUAUUUUUGGAAACAUUGAAGACAUUUACAAAUUCCAAAGAAAGUUUCUGAAAGACCUUGAGAAACAGUACAACAAAGAGGAACCUCACUUAAGUGAAAUAGGAUCCUGCUUUCUUCAGCACCAAGAGGGCUUUGCCAUCUACUCUGAAUACUGCAAUAACCACCCGGGUGCCUGCGUGGAGCUGUCAAACCUCAUGAAGCAGAGCAAGUACCGGCACUUCUUUGAGGCCUGCCGCCUGCUCCAGCAGAUGAUCGACAUCGCCUUGGAUGGCUUCCUCCUCACACCUGUGCAGAAGAUCUGUAAAUACCCACUGCAGCUGGCUGAGCUGCUCAAGUACACCACACAGGAGCACAGGUAAGCUGAGGGCUGCCCAGGGGCCAUGA